AUGGCUCCGGACGCCCAGCAGCCCGGCCCUUGCAUUGCCAUCACCUUCCUGGGGCCACAGCCGAAGAAUGGCAGGCGGGUCUUCGAGAGCUUCCUCGAGGCCAACAAGUCGUGCUUCUGGAACCGAGACUUGGUAGCUGCCAUGGACUCGAUGAUCUACAUGGGAUUUAUGCGGCCAGGUACCCUCUUCGUCAGCGCCCCAGCCAGCCGCCUUGACACCAUCAGAAGCGCGUGGGCGAGAAGAGUGCUGAAGCCGGCGCUUGGCUAUCAGAUCCAGUCGCUAGGAGACCUCGGCGCCAUCCAGACCAUCCAACAGACCCAGUUCGUCCCGCUCGGUGAUGUCCUCUGCGACGCGAUUGCUCACCUGAACAGAAAUGGCCAAGCAGCUACUCUCGUCACAAUUAGGGAUCAUAUCUCGCAAAAUUGCGCCCAAGUUGCUUCUCCUACCCUGGAGAUGCUCAGGCAGACGACAGCUUCUUUGGCUACUACCGGACUUGUUUAUCAGAUGGGGGAGCACUUCUUCGUUUCCGUCCCCGCCCAACUCCUCGCCGACCAGGAAAACCAAUCUCCACAACGCCAAGCCGCUGUCGCCCAAAAAGUCGAGCCCAAGCAGACGAAAACGCAAGACCGACGCGGCUUCGGCAUCCUGGCCAAGCUGUUCAGGCGGGCGGAGAACAAGCGGGAAGAGCAGAAGCCGCAGCCGGCCGCCUUCUCCGUGCCGCCGGUGCCUCAGGCUUGGACCUGCGGAACGAGGAUGAUUCCCGAGCCCUGCCCCGCCAUGCCCAAGACGGUCAUGCCCGCCCAGCCUCCCAGCAAUGUUUGG